GUCUCUUCCUGGUCACUGAAGUUGCUGAGGAUGAGGAGAAGGAGGGAGGAGCAGGUUUUGUCCAUCGAGGAGAUGUCAUAGUUCGCGUGGAGAACGAGGAGACGAAGGGGAUGUCGUCACAGAAGCUUGCGGAUAUCCUACUCGGGGAAGAAGGGAGCUGCUGCAAGCUCACGAUACUGAGGGGGGAAAAGCUCAUGGCGGUGGAGGCUGAGCGGCGGACCAAGGAGGAGAGAAAGAGAAACUCCAACAAGUCCAUCUCUUCUGAUGACGGCAACUCCUCCCCCAACCGCACUGCCCACUCUUGCUUCGGCUUCACUGUCAAGCAGGCGAGAGGCUCGGAGGAGUGGCAGGUGAGUAGCUUGAAGCCCAACAUGCCGCGAGAAAAUCAGGAGAAAGUUGCUCCUGGUGACGUCAUCAUCUCCAUCGACGGCUCUUCCUGUGGCGGCAGAGACCCCAAGGGGAUGCAGGGGAUGCUGCGGGGUCCGUCACGAUCGGAGGCUGAGGUUGAAUUGAGGAGAGGCGGGAAAAUUGACCGAGUCAAAUUGCGACGGAACGGCUGAGCUGUAAAUCUGUUUAAUUCUC